AAUAUCACAAGGAAGUUGGUGCGAAGAAGUAUAAAAAGUCUGAAUGAUUUAUUGCCUCCUUCUGAAUGGUUAAAGUGAUGAUGUCACGUGAAUCAAGUUUGCGGAAGAUUGGAUGUCACAUCUUGUCAUAAUUAGAUUUGGUUAUUGGAGUCAUGGAUAAGAUCAAAGCGUACUGUAAAAACUUGGAUAUUCUAAAGCUAAUCACAUUUAUAUUCCCUAUUGUAUCUUGGUUACCAAAAUAUAAUUUGGGAAAAUUCCGUGGAGACCUCAUUGCAGGAAUCACAGUUGGAAUUAUGAUUAUUCCUCAGUCAAUUGCAUUUGGUACAUUAGCUGGUCUACCUCCUCAAUAUGGUUUGUAUGCGGCUCUCACCCCUGGUAUAACAUAUUGUUUAUUUGGCGGUUCAAAAGAUGUUAGCAUGGGACCAACGGUCACUAUGGCUUUGUUUACAUAUCGAUUUAAUGCUCACCAGGUUCCUAUUGGUGCAUCAAUGUUGGCGUUUUUUGUUGGACUCGUGCUAAUAGCAAUGGCAAUUUUUAGGUUGGGCUUUGUGACAAAAUUCAUUCCAAGUCAUGUCAUCAGUGGAUUUGUUUCUGCUGCAGCUAUUGUCAUUGCAUCAACACAACUUAAAAGUUUAUUUGGACACACUGAAAGUGCAUCAGAUUUUUUUGAUAAAAUUGGGAUAUUCUUUAAGAGCUUAAAACAUACAAACCCUUGGGAUAUCUCACUUGGCGUGUUUUGUCUGGCGUUCUUGCUGUUUUUCAUGGUGUUGUCAAAAACAAAAUUAAACAAACCUAUUAAUAAUAAGUUCAGUAUAGCAAAGAAGACGUGCUUUAAACUGCUAUGGUUCUUAUGUAUUGCAAAAAGUGCUCUUAUAUGUGUUAUUGGGACUAUAGUUGCAUUUGUGUUUUAUAAAUGUGGUUACAGUGAUUCGUUCACUCUGGCUGGAGAACUACCAUCUGGAAUUCCAAACAUUCAGGUACCCCUACAGUCAGUAGCUCUACCAGGUAAUGACACGAUUACCACAAAGGAUUUUCUUAACGGUUUUGGUGCUUCGCUGGCAGUCCUGCCAAUCAUCCAAUUCAUUCAAACUAUUUCCAUUGCAAAAGCAUUUGGAAAGAAAAACAAAUAUGAUGUAGAUGCUGCUCAGGAGUUACUUGCACUUGGUUUGGCUAAUUUUGUUGGUUCAUUUUUCGGGGGUUGGCCAGUAACAGGAAGUUUUUCACGCUCAGCAGUGCAAGCAAUGAGUGGAACUGAAACACCUUUAACAGGUAUAAUUUCAUCAAUCAUCAUAUUUCUUGCAUUGAGUUUUCUUACGCCUGUGUUUUAUUAUAUUCCAAAGCCUGCUUUAUCAGCAAUGAUCAUAAUGGCAGUUGUGACUAUGAUUGAUGUGAAAAUGGUAAAGAAAAUAUACAACGUUCGGAAAAUCGAUGUCCUUCCCUAUCUAGUCACCUUUUUGGGAACCUUCUACAAACUUGAGGCGGGUGUAUUAGCUGGUGCAGUUAUCGCCUUGGUAAUCAUGGUUUCUCGUGAAGUAAACCCAGUACUUGAUAUUAGCGUUAUAAAUGAUACAUUAAUUACUAUUGUUUUCAAAAACAAUUUAUCUUAUCCAGGAAUUGAUUCAGUAAAGUUUCAAAUUAAUCAAAUCAUAAAAGAGCACCCAAAUGUAAAAGUAUUGAUUAUUGAUAUGGCUAACAUAGAACAUAUUGAGUAUGGCGUGUUUAAUGGAUUAGUUUCGGUUUUAUUUGAUAUCAAAGCAGGAGGUGUUGCACUACAAUUUGUUAAUUUCUCAAAUGACCACACAGAAAACUGUUUUAUCAAAGCUGGUUUGAUCAACUCCUCAGGGGAGAUUGAGACAAUAAAGGAGAUGUCGUCGCUACUCAAUAUUGAAGGGGUAGGGAGUUGCAACAGUAGAGAAAAUAGUGGUUCUAUAAAUGUUGUUAUUCCUGAUGAGGACAGCAAAGAAAAGGAUUUUCUCAUAUGUAACGACAGCACAAUCAGUCAAAUAAGGCACACUAUGGUUUAGAUGGUUCGGAUGUUUGCACAUGAGUGUGUUUUUGAUGUGUGUGUGUGUGGCUUGCUACUGCCUAAACCUUUCUUUAUUUUCAAAUUUUAAGUGAGAAGUUACUUUUUUUUCAGUGUAUCCAAAUAAACGAGAUGCUAAAAUAAUUUUAAUUCUAAAUGGUAUUUUUCUUUUCAAAACUUCGGUUUCUGUUUAAUGUUUUUAUUGUGAAGAUAAUGUUCUUGUAUUUAUUUUUAUUUUUAUUAGUAUUAUUUUUUAAAUGUCAAAAUGUAGAAAUGUAUUAAAAUAUUUUGGACUAAAUAAAUAUAUUUGUGUGA